AUGUUUCGCAACUGGCUGUCUUUGGUACGACGCAUUGCCCUUCCGCCUUCUCUAAUCAGACGCCGCGACGAUCUGCAAUUCUCUCGAGUCACGUCGUCUUUCCGGUCCAGCGGCAGACUCGACUUUAUUUGGUACGGGAGAAGCAAGAAAGAGUCGCUCGCGGUCAUUGUCUAUUUGGAUGGAGAAAACUACGAAGCAACGUCAGGGGCGCUCGAAGUCCUUCUCGAGAGUGUCUCCAGCCGAAGCUCGCCCUCUAAGCAUCAGUUCGAAAUCAAGACCCAGUCUUACGCCCUCUCGUUCCAAUUCACGAUGCGUCGAGAGAUAGAGUGUCAUCCGGGAAAAGGAGCAAGAUACAUCAUCCACCUCCUUCCAUUCGUCACGACGAUUGAGACGCCAGUCGGCCCAGAGAUACCGAAGGUCGACAGCAUAACGCUGUUCAGCUUAUAA